AUGUUUAGAAGAGUCAUUGUAACAUCACCAAGAAUAUUUAAAGCAUCUCAACCCCAUUUGGUUAAUUUUAAAGCAUGUUCACCUAGUCUUCUACACCGCUCGUUCUGUCAAAGUUCAACAAGUUUGAAAUUAUUCUCCAAAAGCACUUCAUCUGCCAACAUCAAAACCAAACCCAAACCCAACACUCCCACAACUGCUACUACCACUACCGCUACUACUACUUCAUCUAUAGAUCCAACAGAAAAGGAUUUCCAAUCACAUCCAAUUUUAAAACGAGUUCCCAAAUUUCUUCGAUCUUAUGCUAAGCAAUUCAUUAAUGCACCAUUUUCUCAUUUAAUUUCAUUUUUAAUACUUCAUGAAAUAACGGCCAUAAUUCCAUUAUUUUCAUUAUGGUAUUUUUUCCAUAAUAAUCCAUCAUUUAUCCCUAUGGAAAUCCCAAGUUGGGCCAUUGAUCAAGGUGCCAAAAUCAUUGAUUAUGCGUUAUCAAAAAUCACCAAUUGGGAAAUCAAUUCAAAAGAUAAAAUGCUGAUUAUUAUUGAAGGUGCAUAUGCGUUUAGUAUUGUUAAAUUUUUAUUACCAUUAAGAAUUAUAGUUAGUUUAUCAUUAAUGCCAUGGUUUGCAAGAUGGUUUAUUGUUCCUAUACUGAAUAUUUUCCCUAAUUUUACAAAGUUAUUGAAUUAUAAAAAGAUUAAACAAAAGCAAGAUAAAACAAGGUUUGAUAAUGCUAAAAUUAAACAUGUUGAAAAACCUAGAUUGUAA